AUGCAUAGAUGCAAGACUGCCGACGCACUUCUCUCGCAAAUGGUGACGGAGAGCGACUACGAGAUGAUCAUCAUAAGCGAGCAAUACAAAAAGAAAGAGAGAGGUACCUGGCUAGAAGAUGGCAGCUCAACCGCCACUAUAUGGCUACCACCAGGGAGUAAUAUCAGUACUGUAAACAAUGGGAACGGCAACGGCUUCGUCUGGGCCAAAUGCGACCUUUUUACAGUAAUUAGCUGCUACUUGACGCCAAGCGAUAGUAUACAUGAAUUCCAAGGAAAGCUCGAUAAUAUAGAGGAUACAGCCAGGUCUAUAGAAGGCCAAUUGAUUAUCGCCGGAGACCUAAAUUCCAGAGCGGUAGAGUGGGGUCUACCAAGCACGGACUCGAGAGGAAAGCGCAUUCUAGAAAUGACUGCGCGGCUAGGGCUAGUAGUGCACAAUACGGGAAAUGCAACCACGUUUAGAAGACCGGGAUGCGAGGAAACCACACCAGACAUUACCCUAUCAACAGAACGCAUGGCAGGCUCAAUAAAGAACUGGAAGGUCCUGGAGGAUUACACUGGCAGCGAUCAUCACUACAUCUCAUUUAUGAUCGACACGGGAACAAGCGUUAACCAGCAGAGGAAAACAACUGGAACACGAAAGUGGAACAUUGCGAAGCUAGAUACUUCGAAAUUAAUCUCCGCAAUAGACGAUCAAAACCCAUCUAGCAACUCCCCCAUAAUUGCAGGAAAAACUGUCGAGCACACAAUGCUUAAUAUAACAAGAGCCUGUCAAAAAGCAAUGCCCAAGGCUUCCCACAGCAAACAUAAAGCAGCAGUUUACUGGUGGACUGAAAAUAUAGCCCAACUCAGACGGACAUGCCUUCGCAGAUCCUACACGAGAUCCAUGCGUAGAGGAGCCGCAACUCAAGAAGCCGAUCAAUACAAAUUAGCAAAAAAGGAGCUCAAGCAUGCCAUCGGCGACAGCAAAAAGAAAAAAUGGGAGGAACUACGCGAGGAUAUAAACAGAAACCCCUGGGGACUCGGGUAUAAAAUAGUGAUGAAGAAACUCGGCGCUCAAGCAAAGCCACCUGAUCUAACCGCUGCCAAAAUGGAUAACAUUGUGAAUGCACUAUUCCCCACAACACAUUCUAAGACCGACGCAAAUCCCCCGGUUUACCCUUGA